GGUGAGGGGCUACGGUAGCCUAUCUGCGAAUACGGCGCGUUUUAAGACCAUGCUUGCACAGUUGAGUCCGUAACAUCGAGUACAGCACUCACUGCACACCCUCACUAUUAUUUUUUUGGUUUUGGUUUUCAAUUUCCGUUGAAAAGUCGAGAUGUUGAGGGAAGAAGACAACGUGUGUUGAAAAAAGGGAUACAACAUUCUCUCAAAAAUGAAAACGGUAAUGUAGGCCACAGAAACACAGUAAGCUCUUCAUGUAUGUUUGUGGCGUUUUUGACGUAGUUUGGUGGCCGGUAAACAUUGUCAUUUCUCUCUCAAUCGUUCCCACAGUCAGAUAAUUAAUAUAAUAUUUUGUAAUAUUUUCAUGUACUCGUUAAAAAAUGAUUUCAGGUCUAUACAGGAAAUGUUAAUGUUAGGUAAACUUUAGGUGCUCUUGUCGCGAUGUCUGCGCGAGCUGUCAGUGGGACUUGGACUUUGUGUCAGUGGGAUCGGUAGUGCCGUAAGAUGCAGUUUAACUUUGAUGGUCUGGUAGGCUUACACGAUGUGUCAGGAUAACCACUUGCCUACACUUACGAGACAGAUCAUGUGGGUUUGUGUUAAACAUUAAAAACCGUUUUAUAAGAUGCGUAGGUGCAUUAGAACAGCUAAUGCUGUCAGCAAUGUGUAAGUUGUUCUGACAAAAUGCGACUACUGCGAAUAAAAGAAGGACAAAUUGCAACUGCUGCGUCUUAAAAUAUUAUUUUUUCCACUGGUAAACUUUUUUUAUAAAUCAAUUAUAUACGUUGGAAAUGUGAAUGCAAUUUGACUUUUGGAGUGAUAUGCCAGUAGUACUUUGCAUGCGAGUAAGAUAAGAUGUGAUAAACUUUUAUUAAUCCCGUGAGGGAAAUUCAGUUGUCAUAGCAGCAAGGUAGUAGGAAUAGGAAUCAAGUCCACCACCAGCUCUUUGGUCUUUCUGAUGUUGAGCUGGAGGUGAUUGGUGUCACACCACCCUACAAAACUCUCUACCAGAGCUCUGUACUCCACCUCGUUGUCAUCCGUGAUGCAGCUGACGAUGGAGGAGUCAUCGGAAAACUUCUGUAGGUGGCAUGUACUUGAAUUGAAGCGGAAGUCGGAGGAGUAGAGGGUGAAGAGGAAAGGUGACAGCACAGUUCCUUGGGGGGCGCCGGUGCUGCUCACCAGCACAUCCGACAGGCUGCCCUGCAGUCUCACGUAUUGUGGUCUGCUGGUGAGGUAGUCCGUGAUCCAGGCCACCAGGCCAUGGUCCACCUGCAUCACUGAGAGCUUCUCAGCUAGCCGAGGUGGCUGGAUGGUGUUGAAAGCGCUGGAGAAGUCAAAGAACAUGACUCUCAAGGUGCUGCGCGGCUUCUCCAGUGUCAUGUGUUGCUCCUUGCUGUGAUCACCACCAUGUGCACGUGCCUGUUGCUCAUGUACAAGAGCACCUUGACUGACCCACCCGCUCCUCAGACCAGACCCACCACACCCCAGACCUCACCAUGGAGAUCUUCACCAUUAAUCUUGGAUGGUUACAACAGCAUUGUUGACAAUCAGCCCCUGGGGAUGCACUGUAACUCCUGUUCCCUGGUGACGAGCUCCGGUCACCUCACAGGCAGCGGGCGGGGAGUGGACAUCGACCGCGCAGACUGUGUGAUCCGGAUGAACGACGCCCCGACCGAGGGCCACGAGCAGGACGUGGGCCGGCGCACCAGCCUGCGCGUGGUGGCCCAUUCCAGCAUGAACCAGGUGCUGCGGAACCGCCAGAACCUGCUCCAGUCCCGCCAGGACUCGGUCUUCGUGUUCUGGGGUCCCAGCUCCUUGAUGAGUCUACAGGGCUCAGUCUAUAAGAAACUACAAGGUAUCAAGAAGGCAUUGCCCAAGCUCAAGGUGUAUAUAAUUUCCCAGAAGAAGAUGCAGCAGCUGGACAAGGUCUUUAAAGAAGAGACUGGGAAGGACAGACGAAUAUCUCAAUCCUGGCUGAGUACUGGCUGGUUCACCAUGAUUCUUGCCAUUGAGCUUUGUAACAGGGUUAAUGUGUAUGGCAUGGUCUCACCUGAAUUUUGUCAGGAUUCCACCCACACUGUCCCCUACCACUACUACGGGCCCUCAAAGAUCCUGGAAUGCGCCAUGUAUCUGUCUCACGAGCGUGGCAAGCGUGGAGGCCACCAUCGCUUCAUCACAGAGAAACAGGUGUUUGCCAGCUGGGCCAGAACUUUUAACAUCCACUUCCACCAGCCCGACUGGACUCCCAUGCUGCCUGCACAGAACAGCACAAGUACCUCAGUUACCCAGGGGUCCUGAUACGGUGUGCAGAGUGUCUGAUGGUCUGACUGCGACUGACUGCCCUGUGGGGAAACCUGGACACGAGAUGGAGGUUCUCUUGAUGUAUUAUUCUUGCUGUCAGGCUAGGCUGUUCGUGGCUCAUUUCGUGCCAAUCUGGGCGAACAGACAGACAAUCUGAAUCCAGUUACUGCAGCAGAGAGCUGUGUUACAUAAGGUCUGAGAGGCCAAUAGAGGAGUCAAAGCCAGGACACUGCCAACUGUAACGAGCUGCAGGUUUGCUAAGAAGGCCAUUGCAGUGAAAUAGAAGUGAACGUUUGUCUUGAAUUUAGUUUUUCAUCAGGGGGAUGUUACAGUGACGCCUGUGUUUGUUAAUCAACCAACAUGAAUGUUAAUGGGAGAGUGAUUGACACAGAUAUGUGUAUUUGGGCAGCAACAAACAAUGGAAUUUUGACCAGUGGCCAUAAAAAGGUCCAGCAGACUCACGAUUUUAUUAUAAUUUAAAAAUUGAUGAUGCGUUUCUUCUGACAUUGGAGGAAAGAUUUGCGCAAUUCACAUAACAGAUAACCAUUCAUCAUGAAGACUUCAAUUAGGCCCAUGCAAUAUACUAAUACAAAUUCCAAAAAACAUCCAAAGAGAUAAUCAGCACAUUACACAUACAAAUGCUGGAGCCACAUGGUCAUACUAAAGAAGAAAUCCAGUUUCAGUCUUAAUAAUAAGUGAAAUAUGAAAUAAUAGUGAAAUAUGAAAGAGACACCCAGCCAAAAUUAAACCACAGUGCGCCACAGGAAGGUGUAGAGAGCAUUCAUGCAUCAAGGCCUUGAGAAAAUAGUUUAAUAUGCGGUUAGGCAGGUCUGAACUGCUUGAGGCAGCAUGUUAAAACACAGUUUUACAGCAGGACGGUUUAAAAUAAUUUCUGAACAUGGUGCAUUACAUCUUGAAAACAAUCUUCAUGUUACGUGCCUGUGAGCUGUCAGUUGUUUUAGAAGGAUUAUAUUUAAAAGGUCUUUAUUUUAAAUAAGGUGUCAGGGUGUUAUAAGAGUCAGGUGCUCUUUGGUGUCAAGGGAAAAGGGACAAGGUACGAGCUACUACGCGUGGGCACUUUAGCCCAGUUAGGACAUGUCGAUAUAAUAAAAACAUUUUUUUCUAGCUUUUUCUUCAGCUGUCAGUUGGUACUUCAGCUUCAGUUGUCAGCUUUAAGAGAAGGAGACUAAAAGUGGAUGAAAAAUGGUUGUAGAAUGUACCACUGCUCAUGUUUUGGUAUUUCCAUUCCUCUGACUCUGCUUCUGCUUCUGUUAAAUUAUUUAAUAAUUUGUGCUUUUAGCAACAACUAGAAAGAUAUUUAGGUCACAUUGUUCUUAAUCUAAAAAUGUAAUCGAGUCAUGUUCAUAGCAUAGAAACUGCCAGGCCUGACGAGGCUGACUCUUCAUUAAGCAUAAGUGGGUCUAGUGGGAAAUUCAAAGGUAAAAUUCCAUUUUGUGGUCAUUAAAAACAAACAACACUUCUAUGAGGCGUUGACCAUCACGGUUUCUGUUUCUCCUUUGGUUUGGCUCACUUAGCAGAGGCAGGUGUUUGUUUACGUAACUUCACACCCAGGUGCUCCUUCCUCUGCUUCCUUGUAACAGUUGCUGGCAUGUCACCUGACCUAAACCUCUUUUUUAUUAUUAUUAUUUUUUUUUGCCUUUAAUCAGAUAGGAUAGUGAAGGUUUUGACAUUAAAUUAGCUGGAGAGAAGAGGUGGGGAGUGGGAUCGGGACAUGAACACGGGUUCGGAUUCGAACCCGGGUCCCCGUGGGCGUUCAGGCCCGUAUAUGGUACGGGGCUGCUGCUUGCGCCACAGCUCCUUUAGGAAGCAGCUUACUUUGGGAUGGGUCUGUCCUGUUCCGGCCACAGCUACUAUUUGAGGACAGCUCAGUGAUCAGAGAGCCUAAGUGAAAUGCUAAUGCGCUGUCAUUCACCCCUUUGCCUCCACUCCUGCCCAGAAAUGCCAUGCUGAGUGCAUUUGUUCUCUCUGGAGCUCAAUUGCUUUACUCAACAGUGCCUUUAUAAAUGACAGUGGGACUUUUGGGACAUUUCGAUUUUAAGGCUUCAAAGAGAGUCCUCUUCCCCAGCUCCCCUGCUAUCAGACCACCCCAGGGUGGCACCGUGAUUACUUCUGACCUUCCUACAUUAAAGAGAAGGGGGAUGGGAGCCUGCUGGACGUAUUUCCGGGUAGGAAAUUAAGCUCACCCCAAAACUGACCCUGAAACAGUAGUGAUGGUGUAUAAAUGAGGACAUAGUUUUUAUCCUUUCAUGCAUGGACAUGCUGUUGAUUUGUGGUAGUCUUUAUUGGUUUGGGUGGUUUAAUAAUUGAAUCCAAAGCAUGUAACUGUGAUCUGUGCUGUAAGUUGAACAGGUCAGUCAUCCUUCCUCUGAGAGGGCAAUGCUGAUAUGACAAUAAAGUUGAUCUGUUUGGGACUGCA